AUGUCGAGUGUUCCUCAGAGCGCCAUUCCACCUUCCGUGGUAGCUGAGGCACAGCAGAUUGCUCAUGGUUUUGACCUCAGCACGUCUGCCCUGCGCAGGGUGACGGCCUAUUUUGUGCAACAAAUGAGAGUUGGACUUGAGACCCAACAGCAAUGGCAGCUACCGUCUUAUGUGACUAAGAUCCCCCAAGGGUCAGAAAAGGGGCGCUUCCUUGCAGUCGACCUCGGCGGAACAAACUGUCGCGUCAGUAUAGUCGAGCUAUACGGCAACGCAAAAUACAGCGUGCACCAGACGAAGCAUGUGGUUCCACGAGAAGUUCGAAUCAACCCCAGCUACAAACCUCUUUUUGGAUUUAUUGCGGCGAAGAUUGCCGAGUUUCUUGAUACUCCUGAGGAGAGAAACCGCAGACGCAACGAGAACGGAGAAGAUCCUGCCCAUAGACCUGCCAUGGAAUAUAAAUUAGGCUUUGCCUUCAGUUUCACCUGUGAGCAGAAAUCAAUCGUGGACGGGGCAUUGAUUCAAUGGGAUAAAGAAUGGGAUAUUCCCUCUGCACUAGGGAGGAGCCCCUGCGAGAUGCUCCAGGAAUCAAUCGAUGAGAUGAAGCUGCCGGUGCAAGUUUGCGUUUUAGCAAAUGACAGUGUCGGUGCUUUACUGACCCACUCCUACACCCUCAGCAGGCCAAGCGCUGUAUUGGCAGCAAUCAUAAUUGGAACCGGAACAAACGCUGCCUAUGUUGAAAAUGUCGGUAAUAUUCCACGCCUCGGCCCUGCUACAUCUUCAGGCGAAUCGUCCUCCGCAGCAGUUAUGGUAAUCAACACGGAAUGGGGUAGCUUUGACGACGAAUUAAAGGUACUUCCUUCCACAGAGUAUGACAUGGCUGCAGAUGCUGCAUCGACAAGCCCAGGAAGUCAGAUGCUAGAGAAGCGGAUCGCCGGGCUUUACUUAGGAGAAAUCCUCCGUCGGGCAUUGAUUCGGCUCGUCGAAGCUCGUGUAUUCCAUAUGAAUGUCAGCACCGAGAGCCCCCUUUAUCAGCUUGGAGGCAUCAAGACAUCGUUCAUGUCAGCGCUCGCUAAUGUAAAAGACGACGACAAGACCAAUGUGUUGCAAUUAGUUAUUAACACCUUGGAUGCUCGAAACGUGUCAAUAGACGACUGCCGCGCGAUUCGCCUGCUUUCCGAUGCCAUAGCAAGGCGUGCCGCCCGGCUGACAGCAGCCUCGCUCGCAGCUAUCAUCAUUCAAUCUGGGCGACUACCAGCACAACACCCAGUACCAGGAUUAUCAGCAGAUGUCACAGAGUCCCGCAAACAUGAUUCGUGUUUUCACCGAUUGCUCCGCCAGAUCUCGGCGUUCAUCCAGUCUACGGCCUAUGCCAUUCGCAGGGUCCUAUGGCGGCGUCAACGCGCCGAGUCACGACGAACGUCGGACUCACACAAACCUACAUCGAUUUGCGAAGAUCCCUUCCCAAGCCCGCUUGAAACAGAUUGCAUUGCCAUAGGGACUGACGGCUCUGUCAUUAAUAUGUACCCAGGUUUCAUCUCAACUAUUCGCAGCACACUUCUCGAGAUCCCAGAAGUAGGUUCAGAAGCCGCAAGAGUGGUCCAACUUAGUCCCACAUGCGAUGGUUCGUUAGUGGGCGCAGCUCUUAUGGCACAUUCAACUACGCGUUAA